CCGCCCCGCCCCGCCCCGCGCGGGCCCCGCCCCGCCCCACGCCGCGCCUCGAGACCUCUUGUGAAACCCGCGGGGGCGGCGCUGACGGGCCCCGCCCCCCCCCGGCUUCAACUCCGGCGUCUCGCUCGGCCGGAGCCCGCACGGCCCCCGCGCCCCGGAGCAUGGCGGAGCCCCGCGUGAAGCGACUUGCCACGACGUUGAUGGAUGCCACCACCGACAAGGAUCCGUCAGUCCAGGAGCAGAUCUACAACGCUCUGUGCUACCUGGGAGAAGCCGAGCCCGAAGAGAUCCUGAACUGCUGUGAUGAAUACCUGCGGCAGCACGAGAAGCUGGCUUACCCGCACCGUGUCACCAUCCUGAAGGCAAUGGAAACGGUGGUGAAGAAUAACAUGUCCCAUCUGGACAAGAGCACCGCCAAGGUGGUUAUCUUCCUGGCAUCUAAUGAAAUGACCAAGUCAAAGGAAAUAAUCCAUGAGUGGCAGCAGGCAGCAAGCAAUGUCCUCGUUGCAGUGGGGCAGCGCUUCAUCAACAAAGUGAUGGAGGAGGUGCUGACCAAAUUCCAGCCCGGGAUCCUGCCACACUACUUCAUCAUGCAGACGUUCGCAAACCUCUCUGUGUCUAACGUAUUCGGGAUGGUGCCUUUCUUGAACUCCAUCCUUGGGACCAUGCUGCCGAUGCUGGGGAUGGCCAAACAGGACCACAUGAAGUCUGUGUUCUGCUAUGCCCUGCAGCACUUCAGCGAGAGCAUUCAGGAGUACCUGGCCAACCUGGACAAAGCCCCCGACCCGACCGUGAGGAAGGACACCUUCUCCAACGAGAUCUUCAGCGCCUACGACGUGCUCUUCAACAGCUGGCUGCAGAGCCGGGAGGCCAAGCUGAGGCUGGCGGUCGUGGAGGCUCUCGGACCCAUGAGUUACCUGAUGCCCGGCGAUAAGCUGGAGGAGCAGCUCCCUAGACUCAUCCCAGGGAUUCUCGCCCUCUACAAGAAGCACGGGGAGACCUUCUACGUGUCCAAGAGCUUGUGCCAGAUCCUGGAGGCUUCUGUCAACAUUGGCAGCCGUACUCUGGACACACAACUGGACGCACUCCUGAGCGCGCUGCAUCCCCAGAUCUGUGCCCCUGCAGACCCCUCCGUCCCGCUCAUGGUGAAGAAUCACACCGAGGUGCUGCGCUGCUUCACCGUUCUGGCCUGUUCCUUCCCCGACCGCGUCCUCGUCUUCCUGCUUCCCAAGCUGGAGAACAGCAACGAGAGAGUCCGGGUGGGGACGCUCCUCAUCAUGCGGCAGAUCAUCAACUGUGCUGCCUCCCAGAUGGAGAUCAAAAAGCCCUUUAUUCUCUCGUCCAUGAAGCUCCCUCUGCAGGACAGCAGUGACAAGGUGAAGCGGGCUGUGGUGCAGGUGAUCAGUGCGAUGGCUCACCACGGCUACCUGGAGCAGGCAGGCGGCGAAGCCAUGAUGGAGUACAUCCUCCGCCAAUGCGCCCUGCCCCUGGACACGGGUCCCAAGAAGCAGACGCCGGAAGGAGAUGACUUCACCAGCGACAGUGUCCGCAGCAUCAGCAUCAACACGCUCUUCCUCAUCAGCACGACCGUCGACGGGAUGAGCGAGGUGCUGUGGCCGUACCUGCUGGAGUUCGUCACCCCGGUACAGUUUACCAGCGCCUUGACGCCCCUCUGCAAGAGCCUAAUGCACCUGGCGAUGAAGAAGCAGGAGGAGGGGGAGGCAGCGGUCCUCAUCCACUACGACGCCAACCCAAAUCUGCCAUCCCCGUCUGCCCUGACCACGAGGCUGCUGGUGGUGUCCUCCCAGCCCUACCUGGGGGACGGCCGGGGGGCCGCCGCUUUGCGCCUGCUGAACGUGCUGCACUCGAGCAUCCAUCCGACGCUGGGCCCACUGUGGAACGCCGCGAUUCCCCCCUUAGUGGAGCACCUGGAAGAGCACACAGAGAAAUCCCUAUCCCAGAAGGAGUGGGAAGACAAGCUGCUUCUGUUCCUCAAGGAGACGCUGACAGUGAUUUCGGACAAGUCUUGGAUCUGCCAGUUCAGCACGGAGAUGUGCAAGCAGCUGAACAGCUACAACGGCUUCCCCUUGGAGAAGACCUUCCUGUACAAAUGCAUUGGCACGACGCUCAGGGUCUGCCCCAGCAAGGACAUGGUGCAGAAGCAGCUGCAGGAGCUGCUUGAGACAGCCCGGUACCACGAGGAAGCAGAAAGGGAGGGCCUUGCCUCCUGCUUUGGGAUCUGUGCAAUCAGCCACCUGGACGAGGCGCUGGCCAAGCUGGAGGACUUUGUCAGAUCUGACAUCUUCAAGAAGUCAGUGGGACUGUUCAGCAUUUUCAAGGACCGCAGCGACAACGAGGUGGAGAAGAUCAAGAGCACCCUGAUCCUGUGCUACGGCUACGUGGCCAUGUACGCGCCCAAGGAGCUGGUGCUGUCCAGGAUCGAAGCAGACAUCCUGAAGAACGUUUUCCAGUACUUCAACACCAAGGUUCUGGGCAUAAAGGUAGAAACCAAGGACCUGACGCUGAAGCUGUGUCUCAUCCGGAGCAUCUGUAUGAUCAGCCAGGCCGUCUACCACAGCGUGCACUCGGGCGCCUUCGUCUUCUCCCGCAAGGCAGAGCUCAUCUCGCAGAUGAUGGAGUUCAUAAAAGCAGAGCCAGCGGAUGCCAUGAGAAGCCCCAUUCGCCAGCGGGCCAUGAUCUCCUGCACGUACCUGGCCACCCUGGAGCCGCCCCUGGGCCAUACCGAGAGGGCUGAACUGAUCGACUGCUGCCUGAACAGCGUCCUUGCCCUCCCGCCGCCAGAAGUCAUGAGGGAGAGAGACAGCACUGUGACAGAUACCUGCCUGAAGGACCUGUACCGGGACACCAUGAAUGCCCUCAAGGACUUGAUGAAGAGCCUCCUGCAGAAGGACCUGACUCCACAGGGCCUACAUGACAUGUUCGAGCAUUUAAACCGCUGGAUUAAAUCGGCCAGAGAGCACGAGCGUGAGCGAGCCGUGGAGGUCAGCGUGGCACUGCUGGAGUGCUAUCGGGAGAAGCUGCAUGUCAGUACGGUGGUGCCGUUCUUUAACCUGGGGGUGCUGAUCGCCCUGUUCUCCCCGCGCUGCUCGGACUCCCUGGCCAGCGUUCGCCGGCACGCUGUGGACUGCGUCUACUAUCUGCUCUACAUCCAGCUCUGCUACGAAGGGUUCGCCCAGGACUAUCGAGACGAGAUGGUGGAGAAGCUGCCAGCCCUGAAGAAGGGGCUGGAGGAGCCGGACUUCACCAUCCUUUUCCACGCCUGCUACAACAUCGCCAUGGUGAUCGGGAAGCGCGUUCCCCCCGAACAGCUCAUGAGUCUCCUGCUCACGAUGUUUGAGAGCCUGGCGGACCCCGACAAGAACUGCUCCCGCGCAGCCACCGUCAUGAUCAACUCCCUCCUGAAGGAGCGCGGCGCCGUGCUGCUGGAGAAGGUGCCAGACAUUGUGAGCGUGAUCCACAGCAAGCUGCAGGAGGUGGACGAGGAGCACGUGAGGAAGUCAGUGCAGCAGACGGUCUACAUCCUGGCCUCCCAGCACCGCACGGCCGUCGUGUGCAGCCUCCUGGGCAGCUCCCUGCCCUUCGACAGCCAGGCCCGCGUCAUGUGGAAGUCGCUGGCCACGGAGCCCACGCUGACGGCCCAGGUCCUGGAGCUGCUCCUGGAGAAGGUGAAUCGGGACGUGCCGUACAAGGAGAACAAGUCCUUCCUGCUGAGCAGCGGCUCGGAGCGCGUCGCCACGGUGCUGCCCCUCACCGCCACAUGUGCGCUGUAUGAGAUCAUGUCUGCUCUGGAGUCUGGGGCAGCGGUGCUCGGGCUCUACCCACAGUUGUUUGUGACUCUCCUGUUGCGAGUCAGCUGCACCGUGGGUGUCCAGCUCCCCAAGAACCUGCAGUGCAAGGAGAGGAAGAGCGCCAGCCACGGCCCCGUGCCCAGGCCCCUGGACCCUUGCAGCUGUGCCGUGGAAACCCUGAAAAUCAUGCUGACCCAGGGGGGCAGCGCAGACGUAACGAACGUCGUGGCCAGCGCGGGCGGCUGGGACCUGAUGAAAUGCCCCGAAAGGCACCAUGAUGGGGUUGCCUUGCUAGCCGGCGCCAUGGCCAAGCACGCCGGCCCCAGGCUCCCUCUGAUCGUGAAGAACCUCCUCCCGGUGCUCAACAGCGUCUACGACAUCCAGCGCAUCACCACCACGGCCUUCUUCGCAGAGCUCCUCAGCAGCAACGUGGUGAACGACCUGGUGCUGCUGGAGUCCAUGAUGGACAACAUGACGGGCCGGCAGAAGGACCCCUGCACGACCGUGCGCAUGCUGGCGCUCCGCGGGCUGGGCAACAUCGCCUCCGGGUCGCCAGAGAAGGUGCGGAAGCACGGGGCGCAGCUCCUGGCCUCCAUGAUCAACGGCAUGGACGACAAGGACGACCCGCACAACCUGGUGGCGCUGGAGGCCAUGUCCAGCCUGUCCAAGCUCCUGGACCACGUGGAGGAGAGAGACAUCCGCUCCAUGCUCCUCCACAUCGCCAUCCGCAUCCGGCCCUUCUUCGACAAUGAGAGCCACGAGCUGCGCCAGUCGUCCAUCCUCCUGUUCGGGAGCCUGACCAAGUUCAGCGAGGGCAGCUGCGAGGACGUCUUCUUCGAGCAGAUCCUCAACGGGCUGGUGACGCUGCUGCUCCACCUCCAGGACCCCCAGCCGGAGGUGGUCAAGGCCUGCAAGUUCGCCCUGCGCAUGUGCGGCCCCAGCAUGGGCUGCGAGGGGCUCCGCGACAUGUUCCGCAACCACCUGCGGGAGGAGCGGGGCCUGCACUACGGCGAGUUCCUCAACCACGUCUGCAAGCACCUGAUGCAAACCUACCCCGAGAUGCUGCCUCGCCUCAUUUCCACCAACCUCUUCUACUUCAAGAGCAUCUGGCCAGACCUCCGUGCGGCUGCGCCCAUGUUCAUCGGUUUCCUCGUGCUGCACGUGGACCCCGAGCACUGCCGGCAGGUGGACCUGGACCUGCUCAUUGCCGCCCUCAACCUGCUGCUGAAGGACCCGGUCCCCGCCGUGCGCAUGAAGGUGGCAGAGGCUCUGGGCCGCCUCGUCCGCGUCCUAUGAGGCCUCCCGGCCCCCGCUCCACCAAGCAAUACGGUCACAGCCCUGCCCCAGAGACGCCGAAGCUGCUCCGUGAGCCACGGCCACGUCUUCCCCGCGCCGGACUCUGCUCCCAUCUCCUGCCGCGGCUGUGGGGAGCCCGCGCCCACCCCUCGCACAUCACGCUGGAUCAGCCUGGCCCCCGUGGGGGUCGACGUCCCUGCCGGAGGCUGGGGUUUACCCUCCGCGCUGCCCAGGAAGCUGCCGGGGGCUCCUUUGCAGACACGUUCGCACCCGCACGGUACCUGGGUCACACGGGCAUGCGUCUUGCUCCCGGCGCUGAUGGCACCUGCAGGCUCCUGGACAUGGAGAGCACCACGGACCCCCUACCCCCAUCACCGAGGACCCCUCGCCACGGCUCACACGCACACACCUCCCCUCCUCCUAGCGCUCUGUGCGGCCACACUCCUGCCCCCAGUGCCGGCCCGCGGCUGCCCGGGGGCUCUGCUGGGUGCAUGUAGCUGCCCCCUCGCACCCAGCACCUGUACAUAGACCAGACUGGACAUAUUUUUUAAAUAAAGUGGUUUUGCUUCUCA